AAAAAAUUCAGGUACCUUCCUAAAGAAAUUGCAUAUUUAUACGACACUCUAUGGAAAUUUCUCUAAUGCGAGAGCCUCAAAACGUUAAACCCAAUGGCGAUCCCAACUCAGUUAGUCCUCUCCUUUCUUUUUCCCCUGUCGUUUUUUCAGACGGUGAAGAUUGCGUUUACUCGGUCUACAUAAGGACGGGAUCCAUCAUCAAAGGCGGAACCGACUCCAUCAUCGGCCUACGGCUCUACGAUGCCAAUGGCUACUCAGUGGAGAUCAGCAACAUCGAAGCAUGGGGUGGGUUAAUGGGGCCAGGAUACAACUAUUUCGAGAGGGGUAAUUUGGACAUUUUCUCAGGUAGGGGACGUUGCUUGGAUGCCCCUCUUUGUGCCAUGAACUUGACCUCCGAUGGUUCGGGUGAGCACCAUGGAUGGUACUGUAACUAUGUGGAAGUUACCAUGACUGGCGUCCAUAAACCUUGUAGCCAGCAGCAGUUCACGGUGGAGCAGUGGUUGGCGCUCGAUGCCCCACCUUACGAUCUCACCGCCAUCAGAAACUAUUGUCCCUCGGAGGUUCCCGAUGAUCGUCGUCAUCGGAAGUCUAGCUCUAGCAUGUGAUGCGUUUUAGUUAGUAUAAUAAUAAUUAUCAUGGUGAUAAUGAGGGGUAGGUGGGGAUGCUUAUGAACUCAUGGUUUGCAGCGGCCCUUUGGUCAUUAGUGUUCGCCUCUUUUUGUUCGAUAACGUUUGUCGUGUAAUGUGACAAUUAUGGAUUAAAUAUAUUAUGUUUUCACUAUAAA